CUUUGCUCGUUAGAAAUCCGGCUUCAUAGGCAGAUAUGAAGAAUCAAUCAGGAGGGUGCGACAGGUGAACAUCAAUCGACGUUGAAUUAUCCGGCGAUCAAAUUAAUAUAAGUUGAUACCCCCGUCUGAUUGAAAGACCUUGUACUGGGCAAUAUAGACAGUGUUGCCAGUGAAAAAUUUUCGCAAGAAAAAUGGCUGGUCUUAACUGGUUUUUCAGCUGCUUUUGUGCAAGUUGUUUUAUUUGUCUGUUGAUACUAAUUUACGGCCCUGCAAAUGAAAUAUCAACAUCAAGAUUGUUCAAAGUAAAAUUCAAAGGUGGAAAAGCAAAGGUGUCCAGUCAGUGCAGAGAAUUGUGGCACUACGAUGGAAAAUGCCAAAAUCGCAUUACCAGAGAUUCCAAGAAUUCGGCAAUAUUCUCGGAUUUAUUUCUUGCGAUCAAUUUCAACCAUCCCUUUUACCACACAAUACCAAUCCUGAAGAAAUUAUAUUCGCCCGUGUUUCCGAAUUUUAUGAUAUGCGGUCCGGAAAUUAGUGCAAAUUACACCGUCGUUCGUAUUGAUCAACCCAAAAAUGAAUAUGGCUAUUACGGAUAUCAGUGCUUGGUCGAGGCUAUUCGCCGGAACCCUGGGUAUAAUGGUUACCUGUAUGUUAACGAUGACAUGAUAGUUAAUUGGUGGAACUUUCUGAAAUUAGAUAGGAACAAAGUAUGGUUCACUAGUUUGGGAGAAAUGACGACACAAAACAUAUAUGAAUCGGAUAUAAGCUUUUGGUGGAGGAGAGCGAACUGCCUUCAGAGAUGUAAGAAUGCUUACGUAGAAAUGCAGAACAACUCCAUAUUCACGGAUUUGAAAAUAUUUCAACAACUGGAAAAGAAUUUAGGAACAACGGAUGUUUGUAUUGGAGCCUUAUCUGAUAUUAUUUAUAUUCCAAAAAGGCUUUCAGAGAAGUACGCACUUUUAGGCCAGAAAUUUUACGACCAUAGACUGUUUCUUGAGGUAGCAACUCCAAUGGCGGUGAUGUUCUUGGAAGACAUAAAAAAUGUGGAGUUCAUGGAAGGAUUGUAUCUCCAGAAGAAAUAUGGUUGGGGCAGUUGGACUAGCAACACCGAUAGGGCCUGGGACGAGUACGAUUUUAAUACUGUUUUCUUGCAUCCUUACAAAUUCCAUGGCAACAACGUGACGAAAAACACAAAAGAAUUUAGAGACAGAGUUUUAUGGGUAAGUGACGUCAUAGCUGAAGAUUCGUGUCUCGAUGUUCUGAGCUUGGGGAGGUUUUGGCAGAAUCAUAGAAGCUGUUAUUAAAAUUAUCUUAACUAGAUUCUUGUUUGAUAACAUAAAGCUAUCAAUGGCCUUGAAAAAACAAAAAAUUUGAGUCAUGGUAAAGCUUUUUGUCUGACACUCUUCAGAGUAUAAAACGUCAGAAUAAUAUCGAAAACUCUAUGCUAGGAAAUAUAUUUCUCAGCUGACGAGUAAAAUAGUUAUGAAUUGUGGAUCGAAAAAGGCCAAUCAGAACCGCAAGGACAUAUAGAGUACCGAAGUGUGACGUCAUCAAAAAUCUAUUUUUAUAAUUUCUUAAAUUUGGCAACAUAAUCUGAAAGAACGGCAUAAAAUACCCCUCAUUAUGCAAAAUUAGUUAGAUAUGCUCCAAAUCGGGUGAGCUAUGGCCAAUAGAAGGUUUGUAGUUUGCUAACGGAUUACUGUUAUUGUGGCCUGGUGCAGAAAGUUAUGAACCAAGGUCAAAUUACAGAGGUUUGAUGGGGCAAGAGCUUGUGCUCAAGUGGCCAUAUCUCAGCCAAUUCGUAAUACAUUUAACUGAUUUUGCAUAUUUAGAGAUAUUUCAUGAUGUUCUUUCAGGUUCUGGGAUCAAAAUUAAGAAAUUCUAAAAAUAGAUUUUAAUGACGUCAUCACUUCGGUACUCUUUGGAGCUCUAAAGUGAAAACGAUAUCUUUCUGGGUUUUUAGUGGCUUUCUUAACGUUUAUGUAGAUAGAUUCAAAAACUGCUAGAUGGAACGACGAUUGGGCUCUACUAAUACAUGUUGCCAUUAUAGUCUUACUCACAAUCCGGGUUUCCAGUAAAUGCUGCCCGAUAGCAAUAUUGCAUGUUUUAGUCCCGGACAAUAGGUCCUGGGCCAGUUUCAUUUCUAGAGAUAAUCUGAUUAUAUUUAGUUACCUAAAGGUACCAAGACAUCAGGCAUGUUUUAGUCCCGGUCAAUAGGAUCCCGGUCCAAUUUCAUUUCUAGACAUAGCCUGAUUAUAUGUAAUACUGCUGAUUUUAGGCCUUUCUUUCUAGUCCAUUCAUUUGAUUUUCUAAACCUUAUCUGACCACUCUUGUUUAUCUGUAACUUUCUUGGCUCGUUCUGCAUUUUCUAUCACGUGUAUUAGGAUAAUCUUUGUAUAUUAUGAGUAACUUCAUAUGUUAAGUAGAUCGCCAUAGCAACCCAGUAUUUAAGGAUAUUACGCUACCCCACCCCGCUCGUCACUAAGUAAAUUACUUUCUUUCACCGUUUUAUUUACGUAUGUCUAUUGUUUUUAGUUCAGUAUUUAUAGGAGCCCCGUACCUUAUCUUAGGCAGUAAGAAUUAUGGAAAAGUAGCAGCAAGAGAAAGCAGUUUAGGCAUGCACCGUUUUCAGGGCAAGAUGCUUGUAAAAGAUCUUUUCGCCUUUGUUUGCUCUUAGUCGUUUUGAGAUAUUUAUAGGAGAUAUAUCAGUUUUGAAAGACCUCUGGGAUAGCUCUUGAGAAAGAUUAUGCCCAUGUCAAACGUUAAUUAAUUAAUAAAAUUUUAGUUUCUCUAUAAUAUUUAAUGCCAGCUGCUUGUUACCGUUAAAAUUCAAAUGUAGUCCAUCUCGACCUAAAUGAUCUUGAAUGACAUUUUGUUGUAGGAGAAUGUCAACGCUCAUUUUCUUCAGACUUUGGCUAAAUGUAUUGAAUUUACCAUUGAGUUUCGCUUAUUGAGCACCGCUCAUCUGUCGGUACGCCUGAUAAACUCUGAGAUGACAAGGUAGCAAGCGUGAGGGUGUUAUAGGAAUAUUCUCUUUUCAGUAUUAACCUCGUUAUCAUGUUACUUAUGACGCACUUAACUUAAGGAUAUAUAUUUCAGCACGUAGUUAGUUAUAGGACUUUUGAUUUCGAUGAUGAAGCAGAAAACAUGAACAAAGUUAUUUUCUCUUCGUCUCACUUCUUCGAUAAAGAUCCCGCUACCAAAAUUGGUGUUGGACCCGGUUCUCCAUUUAUAGAUAAAUAGCCGCUACAAAAAUUGGUGUUGGACCCGGUUCUCCAUUUAUAGAUAAAUAACCGCUACAAAAAUUGGUGUUGGACCCGGUUCUCCAUUUAUAGAUAAAUAGCCGCUACAAAAAUUGGU